AUGUUUCCCAUUCUCAGAUCAAAUAUUUUCCUUAGAGCCGCAACAGUUGGUAUCAGGUUCAACUCAUCCACCGUUUCCAGUGCAGGUGCCUUAUACGACGGAUUUCUGGUUAAGCUACGGGACGACUUAAAGACAUGUAUUCGAUCCAAGGCGCCACCAAUCAAAAAAACCACAGUGAGGGGUAUCAUGAGUGAGAUGAAGAAUUUAGAAAUUGAGAAUCAUGGCUCAGUUGUUGACGAAUUCAAGAUAUACGAUCACUUGAACAAGCUUGUCAAACAAAGAAAGGAGACUGCCAAUGAGUACCUUAAGCCAGAUCAACCAGAGAGGUUCAAAGAAUUGGCACAGAAGGAAUUGGAUGAAGCUGCAAUUAUUUCCAAAUAUCUACUUGAUCUUCCUGUUGCUACUGAGGAAGAAAUCAAAGCCAAGGUUCAAGCUCUAAUGGCAUCUGAGAAUAUUACUGAUAAACGCCAAGUGUUUUCCAAAAUUCCAUGGGGGAAAAUCAACAAGGAAUGGAGAGCUUCACGGGGUGCAGUCAGUGACGUUAUUAACAAACUUUGA